UUCCAGGGGAAUUUACAACAGCAUGUUUUCAGCUGCCAUCAAAGAAAGGUCCACAUCAUCAGGUUGUCUUCCUAGCCAAAACACUCCUGACAGUCUGGGAGCUGCAGACCUGUUGAGUGGAGAGGAUCCGGCUGGCGCAGAGACUGGCCAGGUGUAUGGAUCACUGCAGGGCAGCGGAAGCAUGAACAGACAGCUGGAGAGGAGAGAACAGUUAAAGAGAUUGUCUCUUGACAGCAACAUACUGGAAUACAUGGACGCCAACAAAUGCAUUGAUGAACUUCUCAAGCAGCUCGAGGAGGAGCGCCGAAACGUCCGAAGGGAAAAGUUGGCUGUGGCUCGCCUGCAGAGGGAAGUCGCACGGAGCAAGAGCGAAGGAACAAUGCGAGAAAAGCUGAUCCACGAGCUAGAGGAAGAGCGACGCCUGCGACUGGAGAGCGAGAAGCGUCUCCGGGAAGUGACGGAGGAGUCCGAGCUGGGUCAGGCGCAGGUGGUUUCACUGCAGCAGCAAUUCUCCAGUUUUGCUCGCCAAAUUCAUGCUUUGAUUUUCUGUUCCUUAUUUUUCCCCCCCUCUAACCUCUUUUCGCUGUCUGUGCAUCAGGAUAAACUCUCUGAGGAAGUGCAGAAACAGCACGACGGCCCAGUAGAGAAGGGCUCCCUGCCGGUGACUCGAGCAGAGCUGGACCCCAGGCUGCUGCUGAAUCCUGAACAUGAUGCCAGCCAAGCAGAAGAGGAUAAAGACAAAACCAAGCUCCUGCUGGAGCGCCUCAAGGCCCUGGAGGAGGAGAACUCCACCCUGGCCUUAGAGAAUGAGAGUCAAAGGGAGCAGUACGAGCGGUGUCUCGACGAGGUUGCCAAUCAAGUCGUGCAGGCGCUUCUAACCCAGAAGGAUCUGAGGGAGGAGUGUCUGAAGCUGCGAACAAGGGUUUUCGAUCUCGAGCAGCAGAAUCGGGCGCUCGGUGUUUUGUUCCAGCAGAAGAUCAAGCCGGCCUCGGACCUGCUUCUCCAGAAACUCCACUCUCGGAUCAUGGAUCUGUCUGCAGCAGAUUUGCUCCUGGAGCCAGAAAGAAGCAAGGCUUUCCUACUUUCCAGGAAUACAGACUCCCCCUCUAAUGAGGUUCAGUUGAAUGGAAAGGCAGGUCUCCCUGUGGCCAAAUGUCUGAGCCAGCUGAGCCUGACAGUGCCAGCGCCCGUGUACCCACGCAGCAGCUGUAGCAGCAGUGAGCUGUCGCUGUCGAGCGCGUGCAGUGAAUUCUCCAGCGGCUCGUACACCUGGAAUGAUGGACGCUCCUGUGGGAAAAUGUCGUCUCUGACGUGGGAGAAGAGGCUGAGUUUGGGUUCGUCAGCCCCUAGUAAUAUCUGUGCUGCUCAGGAGGAGCACCUCCCCACAAGACGUAAGGAGAGCCACAUACUGGAAGGACUGAGAAAGCUCCAAAGGAGGAAACACAGGAGCUCCUCCUGUUCCUCCAAGGUCUCCAAGUCAGGCUACAAAGACUGCAUGAACUCCAAUGAGGGAAUCUACUCACUGGGCAUCAAGAGUAGCAGUAAAGGGGUGUCUAGGCCUACCCAUGUGGGGAGAACUGCUCGGGGAAAGCAGUUCGCUUAUGAUUCUGAUGAUGCAGAUGAUGAACUGGCACAUUCUAGUUGUAGAGAUAACAUUCCCACCAAGGACAACUGGUUUCACUGUAAGAAGCUCUCACACAGCAUCUCAGACAGUUUAUGUAGCUGGGAGGGAACGCAAGACAGCGGAGGUGACACUAUCUCAAGUCCUGUGGCUACUAAACACCCUUCUGGGUAUGACUCAAAGGAGCAGCCUGAAAGACUCAUGAGUUUUAUUAACAGCCUUCUCCCUGAAGGAGGGCGGAUAUCAGCUUUUACGAGACCAUCGAAGCUGCACCUCACCCCUACUGAACCAGAAGUUCCCCGUCUGUCUGAUGCGGAUGAUCUGGAGGAGUUAAAGUCUGAGUCAAGUGACAUUCGAAUGUCCUUUAGCCAGCCACCAGAGCAAGCCGAGAGGGACUCGAAGAGGUUGUCAAGAGAUGCUGCCAAGCUGAUUACACAGCAGUGCUUGCGGAGAGACCAGGUUCGUACCCAGUCUGCAGAUGGAAGACCCAGGCCUUUCAGCCUGAUUAAGGAGCCCAAAGUGACCAAAUGCACCCAAUCUGAGGAGAGCGUGUUGACAAUAUUUGAUGCAGAAGGAGAGCCUAUUGAAUUUUGUGCAGAGAAACUUGCAGCAGCUGCUGGGACUCAAAAAGACAUUCAGGGUAGCAAAGUAGUUCCUGACUACACAGAACUGGUGCCCCAAGAGAGGCCAACAAAGCAGAAACCCUCAAAAUCAAGAAACUACAGUGUUCUUGAGUCUCCAGAGAAGCCGUCUGAAUAUCAGAUCAGGACCCACAAGCCAAGGGAGCAAAGCAGUAGCAGGGAGGGAAGUGCAGAGAGGCUAUCAAUGCAGCUGACUCCACAACGGAAACUUAUCAAACCACCAAGCAACCGAGCUAGUAAAGGCCAUUCCAUCCCUCCCAUGAAUGAUGCUGCUGGUUCCAAGUCCAGUAGUUCAAAGAUACCUGGUAGUAAUAAACCUUCAGGGUCCCCACUGAGAUUAUCUAAGAGUUCUGCCACUGAACCAAGUAACAGCAGGAACUCAGGACCCCCUGGGCAGGAGAAAUCCCCCUCCUCUCCGACAGUUAAAAUGUCCAGAUUCAUCAAGACACCAGGAACCUGUAUUCAAAGCUCAAAAGCGGUGAACUCAAAGCUCCCCAGCAGGGCCGAAUGGAAUAAGGGCGCCUCAUCGAGUUCCCCUCACCUCUCAAGGAGACACCUGGAGUAUGCUGACAAUGGCGAACAGCCAACCAGAGACAAACACUGUGAAAACAGCAAAAAUAAACUCAGGUCCCCCUCUCCUCCCCCUCCCCCGGGCCGCACCACCUCUUUACUGAUCAGACCAAAUUACGAGGGGUCGCCAACCACUGUGAGGGGUCCACCCCCAAGUUACCACACCUCACUUUUACCAAAUAUGCAAUCAACGCUACCCAUCAAGGAUAAAGACUGUUUAGACUUGGAUGCAGGCUACGGGACUGCACUUGCACCUCAGAAACUGGUUGACAAAACCAGUCAGCACCUUCAAAAGUCCCCUGCCAUGACUAAGACACCUGCUAAAGGCGAUUUCAAGCGGAUGACCACAAAAGACUACCUCCCUUCUGCAAACUCAGGGUGUGCUCGAGAACCUGAAACCGCACCUAAAACCUCGAAGAAUGUCCCUCCUCCCUACAGUGCCCUCAGAGGGUCCUCAUUUCAGAACUCACCUGCAAGCAAAAAAGGAUCUGCUAAUAAAAAUGUCCAUCAGUCAGUGCAGAAGACCUCUAUUAGUUUACCUGUUUCACUUCAGGACACACCUCAAGGUCAGGCAGAGCCACAAACUGGCAAAGCUUUAGACAGCUCUAUUAUUAUGUCCCCUAACCUAGCAGAAAAAGCCUCAAAGACUCGCAUCCCAAUGGGCUUUAAGGCAUUUUUAAAGUCUCCUCCUAGCCAUAAAAAUAGUCCCUCUAUACCAGGCAAACAAGAGAAAGAUCAUAUCAACUCAGUCUCCAAGGAGACUGUGACUUCAAAUGCUUCUGCCCAGUGUGACAACUUGCAGACAGAGUACAAUAUUGAUUCACCAACCAAGAUGUCUGUUACAGAGGGGAAAGGUGAAGUCCAGUGUAGGUUACUGGAAGAAGAAUUACAAGCUCUUGUGGUGCCAGAGGAAGGGGGUGUUUGUGAUAAUGGGAAAAGGAGUAGUCAGCUUUUUGGCAGAUCCAUAUCUAUUGCUGCCAAACCUCAUUUAAAGCCAGCGUUAGGGAUGAACGGGGCAAAAGCUCGUAGCCAGAGUUUCAGCACCAACUACAUUGAAAAACCAAGCAUCAAUUGCUUAGAUGGGCCGGGAAAAAUCAGAACUCAGAUCAUUACCAACUCAGGUGAAAGGGGUAACUCUCUGUCGAGACAGAGUUCCUUAGAAGCGACCUGUGCUGGGUUAGCAGAGAGCCCUGUUCAUUCCCCAAGGACAAGACUUAGCCACUAUGGAGGCAUGACAGGGUCAAAUAGUCACGGCAUCCUCCCUGAGAGAGCUUUCAAAUCGGGUUCUAAAGUUGAGGGGUCACAGGGCAUAGGGAAGGGGGAGGCAGUCAUGUCACCUUCUCACAAAGUGGUUCGUAGUUUACCCAUCAGUGAUAGGACUGGUUUAAACAUCCGUAAGCCAUCGAAGGUUGCCUCUCAUCCACAGUUUCAUCCUCCGUCCUCUUGUGUCUACGGCUUGGAAAAUCCAGUUAGAGAGACAGAAGACAAAGCAGCAUUCCCUAAUGAGCCAGACUUCAGCAGGGAAGUCAAAACCCAGGCAGACUCCCCAAACAAACACCCAGAUAUGGAGGAGAAAAAAAUCAGCCCAACAGUCACCACUAUUGAAGAGAAAGUCAUGAUGGGAAUUAAGGAGAACGUGCAGAAAUGUCAAGAACAGGAGAAGGUUGCUGCCACCGAGGCCAAACAGAAGACAGGUCCCUCUCUGGCAAACUGGUUCGGCCUCCGUAAGAGCAAACUUCCAGCUCUGAGUAGUAAAAAAGCCGACUCUCCCAAGGGAAAAGAAGAGAAGAAAGAGCUGAAGAUCGGAUCAGUUCUUGGAGGCAAACAGAUGAAGUCUGACAAGAAGAAGGAUAAGAAGAAAAAUGAUAAUCAGCAGAAAGAAAGCCAGGAGGUGCAGGGUCUGUCUGAGAUGAACAACAAGCUUAGCUCCAUUAUGGACCACUGCAAUAAUCAGAUGGGUCAGAUUGCCAGUCAGAUCCAGUGCACGACGGCCUUUAUUGGAAAAGACCAGUUCGUGAAAGAGCUUCUUGGCAGGACCGCUGUGAAGGGCAACUCCGUGGCCACAUCGCCGCCUGGGAUCUCCACGCCCAAGAAACACAGCGAAACGAAGGGAGAUAUGGAAAUCUGUUCAGAUACUGCUACCCUCAUAAUGACAGAGAAGAUCAACCUAAAGGCUGAAAAUGUAGAGGGACACAUCCCAGACGCAGCUUGUCAAGACCACAUGUUAGGCUUCGGCUGUCAGAUGAGAACCCUGGACAGUGGCAUCGGCACCUUCCCUCUCCCCGAUUCUGUCACCCGGGCCAGCGGUCGCCACAUCCCUAAAUCUGAAUCCAGCCCCGAGGGGGUGACCGGCGGCUCCUCUGAGCUCGAUCGGGAGCCUCCCUCUUCUCACCCUGACCCCUCACAACCUGAUGUGAAAGUGCCUUCCCUUUCAAAACCCCACCCGCAUGUCUCUAUGAGCAUGGGUCACUCCCUGUCUGACCCCACUGUGACCUGCAGCAACGACAACGCCCAGGACACCCAGAGCCGCCUGCCCAAAUUAGCAUCCUCAGAUGCAAUCCAGACAAAGAGGUUGAGUUUUUGUGCCCCACGCAGCAACAUCUCAGGUUCCACUGAGGACAAAGAGACAGAAGCAGAGAGGAAGAUGAAAUCCAAGGACCAUGAUAUGCUGGGCGAAAGAGCCUUGCGAGUGUGCACGUACUCAGGCAGCAGCAGCGACACUGAGACUGAACCCGAGGGGACGGGAAGCACUUUGGGCUCGCCGCAAAAGACCCUGAUCAACAGAGCUAAGAGGAAUGACUCAGUUGAGCAGAAUGAGGACACCCUGAAGAGAAGAAGUGUGGAAAAAUCCUUGUCAAUCAUGGACUACUACCAACACGACAUGUUCUCGCACCUGGAGAAGGACAGCAGGAAGAUUUCGCAGUACAACCUGCUGCACAAGGAGUCGGCCCUUGAUGGAAAAGCAGGAGACAGGCUCAGUAAGGAGAUUCCCAUGGAGAAGAUGCCCGUUAGCGCAAGCCAGCCGCUCUCUCUCGACUUCUCUUUGGAGUCCUUAAACAAGCUGAAUCAGAGCAGCUCCAGCAGCCUGUACCCGGACACGGGCUCGGGCGGCCGCAGAGCUGACUGCCACGCCGACGGGGGGAAGAGCGGGGAGAGCUGCUUCAAAGGAGACGAGGCCUCGUCCUCCUCCAGUUUCACGAGCAGGCCCGGGGUGGAUCCCGUGGGCUCCCUUAGUGACUCGCUGUACGACAGCUUCUCUUCCUGCACCAGCCAGGGAUCCAACGAAGUCUGAAAAAGCAGGGCUGUAGAGAUGGAGUCCAGUUUUCAAGACAUUUCUCUUACAUCUUUGGACUCCUCAAGUGUUUCUUUGGGUUUCAGAUUCUGUCCUUCUUAUUGGAAAUCAUGCCUUGAUUGGCUGGAGGUUGAACGACACAGUGGACCUAUGGAGUGGAUUUUUGUGUAGAUUACAUCUGUUUUUCUAGGGGAUUACCCCUAACAGGGUUGGGCGAUACAUUAACAUUUUCUGCCACAUCUCCACAACGACUUAUUUUGGCAAACUGAGGUACACCUUAGCAUCUUAAAGCAGCCAUUCCCAAAUUAAAAAUAUAUAUUAAUUAAAAAACUAUCGAUUUGAAGUGGCAUCGUUUUGGAAAGCCGACAUUUUAAAAUGUUUGUAUUUAUUUAUUGUAAACGCCCAAACUUUGGGAACCACAGAUGGGAUAACAGCAACUCUAUUAAACAAUCAGGGUAAAAAACCAGGAACAUUUGGCAUGUCAGUGAAAAACUUUGAUAUCUGUGUACAGCUUUCCACUCUUGCUUAUAAAACCUCCAGAAAGUAAGGAGCUAUUGCACUUUAGAGUUAAUUAUUUACAGCGACAUUAUAAAAGGUGGACGUACUUCCGAGUAUAACAAAAUAAAUAAAGAAAUAAAGCCAACGCAGAAGUGCCUUAAACUUGCAUUAUUCUUUAAUAACCACCAGGAAAUGCAGACCUGUAGUUCGGGAAAGACUUCUGUCCUGUAGAAGUCUAUGGGAAAAUAACCCAGAGACAACAUAAGUAAACACUUUUGUGAUGAGUUUAUUAGCUCACUUGCUUAAUUUGGGUCAUACUCAGUAAAUAUUUAAGUCCAUUCUGUACAUUCUUUGAAGUUUAACGAUUAUCCCGGGUGUGCCAUGUCCGUCGCUCGUCAACUGCAGUUAAAAAACAUCGGAAGUUUGAACUUCUGAAACCAAUGGGUGAUGUUACCAUAGCCACGUCCAUCUUUUAUACUGUCUACGGUUGCAACGCAGAAAAUUAGCAAACUAAAAUGUCAAAAAUCUCCCGCAAUAAUACAACCGCCAAUCAUCUGAGCCGGUCACUGUCCUAUCGCCCAGCCCUAAACACUAGUUUGUUUAUUUUCUUCUUUUUUCUCAACCUUGCAAAAAAUGUCUUGGUUUUGGUUUGGAUCUGCUCUUGAUUCCCUCUCAACCUUCAGCUAAUCUUGGAAAGGACUUGUCUCAGUUACAGCCCUGCCAUGAAAGGACGAGUGCCGGUCCUCUCUGCCUACAACAAGAAGCACUUAGAAGAGCUACAGACGCGAGGAUGAAUCCUCAACCUAAAAAAGAAAAGAAAAAAACAGGACUUUUAAAGGUUUGGCUUGGGUGUGGUGGACUGGACAGCAAUACACGUUUGUAUCAUUAGUGACCACCCCUCCUCCUCCUCCUCCCACCAUGCUGGGGUACUUCUUAUCAUUGCACUGUAACAAAUACUGUACAAAGAUGUGUAAAAUAAAAGAAAACACGACAAGCAGAAUGGGCAAUAUUUGCAUAAAACUCCAUGUUUGAAACUCCUUUAAAACCCAAGGUGUCAUUUUAUGGAUUGCUGCUAUGGACAACGCCCAUUGAA